CGCCUCCCCAACCAGAUCUUCCUCUCCCCCCAGUCGACCAGCGGAGAACAACUACCCAACUUCUCCCGGCGUCAAGUAUCAGUUCGAACCAACCGAUACUGCCUGGGCUGAGACGGGUGGUUGGGAUCGAACAACAACGAAACCAUCGGUUUUUUCCAACGCCGACACCCAUCGCAAGUCUAAUGAUGUUAUGACUUGACGAGCUUUUUUUUUUAUUAUUAUUUACCUAGCUCGAGCUUAUCUCUCUUUCACAUAUUGUCUUUUUAAUAUCAGGUUAUGUUCUAUUCAUCUCUUAAGAACCUAUACAAAUCACCGGAUAAGACCAUACCAUGAACGCCGUGGAUGCGACAGAGCACUAUGAGACGAGUGCACGCGAUCCUGCGCCCGCCCUUCUAACCGUCAUCCUCGACACAAACCCCCACGCAUGGGCCCUCCUCGAAGAUUCCCUCCCGCUCUCCAAAGCGAUCGCAAACAUCCUCGUUUUCCUCAAUGCCCACCUAGCCUGUAACUACGCAAACGAGGUGGCCGUGGUAGCCUCCCACAGCCAAAAGGCGGCGUGGCUGUAUCCGCGCGAGAGCCCAGCCGCGAAGACAUACCAAGAUGCCGACGGCGACGUGUCGAUGAACGGGUCGUCGGCCGAUAAUAAUACCACCGAAGGACCGGGCCAGGUGAACAAGUACCGACCGUUCCGGAUCGUGGAGGAGCAAGUUACGCACAAUCUGCGUGAACUGAUGGCGUCGACCAGCGGGGCGGACGUGAAAGCGACCAACUCGACGAUGAUGGCCGGCGCGCUUACGCUGGCUCUUAGUCAUAUUAACCGGCGAAGUAUUGCGUGGGCUGAGGCCCACGGAGCUGAUACAGCUGCGGAGACGUCGGGCGGUGGUCCAUCUAGUGGUGGACAUGCUUCUGGGACGGACACUGCGGAGGGGUUGCAAUCGCGCAUCUUGAUCAUAUCCGUCAGUGGCGCCAGUGAUUCUGCGCAUCAGUAUAUACCGAUUAUGAAUAGUAUCUUUGCCUGUCAGCGGCUGCAUAUUCCGAUUGAUGUGUGCAAACUGAGUGGGGAUGCGGUGUUUCUGCAACAGGCCUCGGAUGCUACUAAGGGUGUCUAUAUGUCGUUGACUGAGCCUCGGGGGCUAUUGCAGUACCUAAUGAUGGCUUUUCUGCCUGACCAGCGAUCGAGGAGACAUCUGGUUCUUCCGACGCGAGUCGAUGUUGACUUCCGUGCGGCCUGCUUUUGUCAUCGACGGGUUGUCGAUAUUGGUUUUGUCUGUUCUAUCUGCCUGAGCAUCUUCUGCGAGCCCCCGGAGAACGGCAACUGCCUGACCUGCGGCACAAACCUUGAAAUGGGUGAUUACGGGGCUAAGCCAGCCGUGGUCGCCCGAAAGAGGAAGAAAAAGAAGCGUGUGAACGGUCCGUCGGGCACAGCUACACCUACGCCUACGCCUACACCGGGGCCCUGACACCCUACUCCUUUCCAAAAAAUGUUUUCUGCGUCGUGGAGGAGGGCUAGGAGUAAGGUUACGUGUCUGCUACCUUUGGUCUCAAGGCGAUGUUAGCAGGUUGCGUUACAAAGAACAUAUCCAGCUUCUAUUUGGUAUCCUAUUUCAGAUACGUCCAGGAGACAGUCACAAACUCCGGUCGACACACUCCGACAUUUCAUAAGUGUCAUUUUUCGAGAGUAAGACAGUUAGGAAAGACAUCACCCGCCACACAGGCAAACAGAGUGUGUUCAAUAGCAUUGAGGAUUCUGGCCAACAUCACAUUUCGGUUUCCUGCCUACAUCAGUUGAUCGAUCG